AUGUCAACUCCCACGAGGCAGAGGUCCCUGCGCGAGAGACUUCAAUCGGCAUCCCGUGGAAUCGGCAUCUCGUGGCAGGGAAAGAAAUCGAAGAGCUACCACAGUAAAGAAUCAUUAGCCGAAGCUCAAUCAAGCGAUGGCGAUUCAGAGCCUCAAAAUAAGGAACCAAUCCAAACCGGUGCGGGACAGAACAAUCGAAUUCGAGAUCCGAAUGAAAUUUCUGAAGGCCGCUCCACAGAGAACGCAUUGUCCCAAGAUGAAGGGAACGAGAAGAAAGCAUUAGGUAGAACGCUCACUCAACCUCAAGGCACAGAGCAAUACAAGGUUGCUGCUUCGGAUACUCUGGUUGGUAUCGCCGCACGGUUCGACACCACCCCUUCCGAACUCGCCAAGCUCAACAGGCUCUCUGCCAGAAUGGUCUUCCCAGGGCAGGUGCUCUUCGUCCCGGAGAAGAAAAAUCAUGGGAACGAAGCGAGUGAAUCUCAGGAGUCCACGGACACCCUCCUUCCUCCUCAGAGCAUGGAAAGGCGACCAAGUGUGACAGAUGCUCUGAGAAUCCCUUAUAGAAGAUUAAGCGAGCGAGCGCACAGAUUUUUAAAAGUUAAGGCCAGACAUUUUACCGAUGGGCGGGGUGUCGUGGCUGGCGUGCUGAUAAUCACCCCGAACGCUGUGAUGUUCGAUCCGAAUGUCUCUGACCCUUUGGUCAUCGAGCACGGUGUGGAAAGCUACGGAGUGAUAGCACCCUUGGACAUGCUGAUGCGGUCAGCCAUCUACUUCGAUAUCGCUCACAUGAAAGUGCAACAUGCGGAACAAGGACCCAGGCCUCAAGCUGACGUUUACUACGGCAAAAUGACCGAAGAAGCUUCUCAGUGGGAGGAUCAGGGGUCCUCCUCUUUGCAAGAGCAGGCUCCAGCCAUCGAAGUCGCCCCAGCAGCGGAGGACGUGGUGCCAAAAACUGCCGAAUCCGCAUCUGAAAAUGCGAAAGUUCCUGAAGCCGAGACCGAAGCUAAAUGUGAUCCCAUUCUUCAAAGUCAUCCGCCUUCAGAAGGCAAUCCCAUCUCACAAAUUCAUCCUGUUUUAGAAACUCAAAGCUCAGAAACAUCAGAUAAGGGUCAGGACGUGGUUGCGACAUCUGUAGACUCAGUGGACAGCUUCGACGCAGAAGUGAGCGACGCUUUUUCUGCGUCUGAAAUCCCGGCCGAGUCGAGCGGGCCAUCGGAGAGCCGGCGGGAACGGAUGCUGAAGAGGCUUUCGUACCCGAUGGAGUCCAUCACUUCCAUCUCCCGCAUCCUCACUUCGUCGCCCAAAUCCUUCGUCGACUUCUCCGGAUCCCUCUUCUCCGGUCGCGGGGGGUCGGAGGACGAACCACCCCUCAGGGAGGAGCAAGAGAGAGAAGAUGUCGUCGGCUAUCAGAACUUGGUGGAGGAAAAACCAGAGAUCUUCGAGACCCUCGAUAAACUUUUGAGUCAGAAGAAACCUGGUGAAGAAGUUGAAGGUCCGCCUCUCUAUUUGUGCCUGCGCAUGGGCAUACCGAAAGAUCGUAAGCCCCAAGCGUCUCCUGUUCUGUCCUAUGGCAAGAAAAGGGCCAAAUCCGAAUAUUGGUUUUCCAUACCACACAGCAGAGUCGAAGAUCUGUACAGCUUCCUGCAACAGUGGAUCCCUCAUUUGUACGGCGACGUCGAUGAUGUCGAUCCGGAUGCAGCAGGGUUCCUGCCGAUCGACGACUCCUUGCCGGAAGAAGAAGAGAACGAAGCGACGGAAGGGCUGGAAGAGAGCGAAGAGCGAAGUGAAGGAAAGGAAGCUCCCCGGUCGUUUCUGCAGCUGGUGGAGGAGCAUUUUGGUUUCAAAACCAUUAGCCCGGGAGAUUGGGAGGUCCUCUCUUUGGGAGAAAUGGAAAAAAUCGAUUAUACAGAAUUGGAGCUUCCUAUGCCAGACCUUUUAUCUCCUUCAGAAAUCUUAACUGAAGACCACAUCAAAGAGCUAUACACUCUACUGCCUGCUAGAGCUGUGGGUUAUCCUUGGACGCGAAUCUUCUCCACGUCCCACGACGGGUUCCACUUAAAAACCUUGUACAGGAAGAUGUCGGGUUUCGAUAGCCCAGUGCUCAUAGCCAUCCAAGACACAAAAGGCGCUGUUUUUGGCACUCUACUGUCAAUCCCCUUGAGACCAAGUGACUGUUUCUAUGGAACAGGAGAGUCCUUUCUGUACACUUUCCACCCCAACUUUCAUGUGUUCAGGUGGACGGGAAAUAACGACUAUAUUGUGAAAGGAAGCUUAGACAGUGUUUCCAUAGGUGCUUCAGGAGGUCGGUUCGGGCUCUGGCUGGACGGUGACCUGGACCGAGGCCGUAGCGUUCCUUGCGAUACUUUCGAUAACGAACCUUUGGCAUCGGAAGAAGACUUCGUCAUCAAAACCCUGGAGGCUUGGGGAUUCGCCUAGAAAAGUAGAAAUAGACAGCUGUGUUCUCUAGUCAAGUAGUUCCGUCUUUCACCGCCGUAGACAACACCCGACCCCUCUACAUGAUCGGUGCUUCUCCCCGUUUCGAGCCUCGCCUGACUAAUGAUGUACAAUUUAUACAAACACGUGUGCUCGGAAGACCAAUCUCCACGAAGCACCGGUCGGAUGAUUACCCACCCAGCCCUCUCGGAUGAAGAGGGUGAAGAUCGCUCUUGCCAUUCAACAUAACUAGUUUCUAGAUCGGCGUCGCCACAGACGUCGCUAUAGUGUCGCAGGACGCUUUUCGAGAACCCCCAUCUCUCGCGUCGUCGGUUGGUCGUCUGUCCUGUUCGGGAGUAGGUAUGGCAGAGGCAGAGAAGCAUCCACCCUUUGAGAAACAGGGAAAAUGGGGAAAUUUCACGAAGCUGCUUGAUUUAUCAAAAUGAAAUUUUAGAUUCGUUCUGGAAACAAUAUGUGAAUUAUUUUGAUGCAGAAAGGUUAUUGAGCUAUGUAAAAUAAUAAUUGCUAUUAUAAUUCAAAUAAAAGGAUGUAUAAUCUAUCAUUGCGCUCGAAAAAAAAUUCCUUGAGCAUUAGUAGAUAAAAAGUGCUGCCUGCGUAAUUAGAUGCAGUUGGUAAAUAGAUAAAUGAAAAGUCAGCAAGCGUGAAAUUUUCCUGCUCGGACGAAACUGAGAAAUUGAUGUUUAGUUCUUCCAGUGUAUAGAGGAGGAGCUAUUUUUGCAGUGAUUGUGUAGUGAAUUCUGUCUGCACACUGUUGAACUGUUGAAAAGAAAAUAUUGAUGUUGUUUUCUGGAAUGUAAAAUUUUAACUUUUGUUCUUCAAGUUUGUAAAAAAAAAAAUUGAAAUUUUAGUUUUGCUAUGAGAUGGACGUCGAAAAGAAAAGCUACGACCGGCGAAAAUCAAAACUUCAAGUACAAUGAAAUGCGAAUUUACUAAAUUUAGAGUCGACAUCCGCUUUCCCUUCUGCGCUUUUUUUUUUCGUUGCAAUGAGUAAAUCCUCCACAUGUACACAUUUAAAUUCGCGUAAUAAUUCUUAAAUUUUGAAUGCAACAGUUGACAAAGAUAGUUAUUUCGAUAUUAGUAAAGAAUACUCGAAUCUAUGGUUCUAGUUGACUGGUUAUUUCACAGAUGGUGCCACAAAAGCAGCAAUAUUUCAGUGAAGAUAGUUUUUCAGUGGCUCCAUCUUUCACAUAAUUAAUCAAUUAGAGCGGUAGACUGCCUGCCACAGAA